GUUUAAAGUAACAUUCUCAAAUAAACUGCAGUGAGAGAAUAUAAUCAAUAGUAAAUCUAAAUAGCGUCGGAUUACAAGUAACAUUGAGCGCUUAAAAGUAGAAUAGUUUAGAAAUACUUUAUAGUACCAUAUAGGAUUGAUAUAAUUAAUGUCCUAAAGGUCUGAAUGCUCCAGAGAAUACAGUGUUUUGCAGCAAAUGGUUUACAUUUAAGUUUUCUUUAAAAUUACCAAAGCAAAACAAUUGAUUUCAAAAUUUCGAUGUCUAUAAUAGGCUUUGCAGCUUAAUGUGAUUAUGCUUAUAGAUUGGGAUAUGGGUAAUUAUAUACUAUGGAAUUGAAUCAGGAAUUUAGUUGAGGCUAUAUGGUUAAUUGAGAAUAUACAAUAGAUAUGUAG